CUCUGCAUGUAUUUGUUUUUCGUUUUUCAUCCACAAAACCUGCAGACCUGACAUGCAGGUGGAAAGGACCGUUUGAGAUAUUAAUAACUUACACUUAUAUUGUUUAAUUUCAAUAAAACUAAUAAAAAAAGCCGUUGAAUCAACGAUCUAGAAACUUUCGACUUCGGCUUCUAUUUGCACACGACGAUUCCUUUUCGUAAGGAAAACGAAUAGCUCUCGAUUUCGAGAAUAUUUCAACGCAUUUAAUUUGUUUUGAUGAUAUUUCUCAUUAAAAUCAACUAAAUGUAGAAAAAAAGGGACUCGCCUACAUUUAGAGCGAUUUCUGUUGUACUGGAUUUUUUUUUUUUUUGUUGUUGUUGAAAAGGUCGCUUUGUGCGCUAAUAUAGUAGACAAUUCUAUUUGGAUUGUAAUAGUGUUAUAUUUAUUGGGGAUUCACGUUUCUACGUUUUCUAGGAAACUAUGAAUUUGGAACUAGUUGACCCUUUCUCUAUUCCUGAUUAUCCGGAAACACUCACAGGAAGCCUACGUUACGGGCAUGCUACGAGUAUUAGAUUUAACAAAAUUGGAAACGUUUUAGCCGCAGGACUCGUAAAUGGACUGGUCGUGAUCUGGGAUGUAUCAACGUCUUCAGUAGCUCGAAUUCUCACAGGUCAUACCAGAGCAGUACAGUCAGUUUGUUGGUCAAAUUGUGGAAGAUUUGUACUAUCCGCGGCUCGAGAUUGGAAGUGCAUACUUUGGGAUUUGCAUGAUGGGUCUAUCAGGUAUGUACUGAGAAUGCCCGCGCCAGUCUGGACAGCUGAAUUACAUCCCACAAAUUUAAAUAUGUUUGUUGCUUCUAUUUUGGAAGGUUCUCCUUUUCUUGUUGAGAUAAAAGAUGGCAUACCUCAAUUCACUCCACUUCCUACAAAUCCUGAAGGACCUGAGUUUGUGACAGACAGAAGAGGAAAUUCUAAACACGUAACUCUGAUUUGUUUGUUUCAUCCAUCCGGAAAUUAUAUUUUUUCUGGGACGUCAAAGGGUUGGCUACAUGUCAUUGAAAUUAACCCUGUUCGUAUAAAAAGCUCUAAUCGAAUAACGUCUCAAAAUAUCAAGCAAUUGCGAUUGAGCUUUUGCAAAAGGUACCUCAUUAUGAACUCAACAGAUCGUGUAAUACGUACAAUAAACAUACAAGAUUUGGAAAGUCCUGAAGUGGAGCAUAAGUUCCAAGAUGUGGUAAAUCGUUUACAGUGGAACUCUUGCGCGUUCAGUCCUACCGGUGAAUAUGUAUUAGCAACUACGUAUCAAAUGGCUCAUGCCAUUUAUGUAUGGGAACGAGGUAUGGGUUCGCUUGUCAAAAUUCUGGAAGGCCCAAAAGAAGAGCUUGUGGAUGUGGAUUGGCAUCCAGUGUUUCCCUGUAUAAUAGCAGUCGGUCUGGACACAGGAACCAUUCAUAUGUGGUCGGUUGAGCAGAAAGAAAGCUGGAGUGCAUUUGCUCCGGAUUUUCAGGAACUUGAAGAAAAUAUAGAGUAUGAUGAACCGGAAGAUGAGUUUGACAUCCACGACGAAAAAAACGAAAAUAAAGAAGAAGUGGAUAUGGCAGUACCUGUCAAAUUGCUAAAUAAUACUCCAUCUACAAACCUGCCCUUCACUAUUCCGCUGAAUUUGAAUUCUUUUGCUGAAGUAUAGUUUUUGAGAAUAACAAUUUGUAUUAUUAAGGAAGAAAAAUAAAAC